AAUUUGUCCCUUUUCGCGGCUGCUUCCUUCCCUCUCUCUUCCCCUUUUCCGUCUUUAAUAUUCCUCUGUCCGAUAAUUCUUCCGCGUUAAGAUUUUUCUCUCCUCCCUCCUCUUAUUAUCUCGUUUGAUUGUUUCAAAAUUUCUCUGUUUAUUCUUCAACAACAGAUUCAAACAGAGCUCGAAAGAGCGAAGCACGAAAUAGAGAGAAAUGGCGGAAGAGCACAGAUGCCAGGCUUCUGAGGGCCACCGACUAUGCGCCAACAACUGCGGCUUCUUCGGCAGCCCCACCACCAUGAACCUCUGCUCUAAAUGCUACCGAGACUUACAGCACACCAGAUCCUCAUCCUCCUCCUCCAAAUCCUCGAUCGAAAUCGCCCUUUCUCCCGUCUCCUCGACUUCUCUGUCUCCUCCUCCACCAUCCUCUUAUCCAUCGGAGACCGAAGCGCUUCCUACCCCUCCCGCGUUGACCUUGCCUGAGGUAGCCGUGGACACAGUGUCUCCGGCGGUCGUGGGCGGUGGCGAUGACAUGGCGGAGGCGUCCCGGCCUAACCGGUGUUUGGUUUGCAAGAGGCGGACCGGGUUGACCGGAUUUAGGUGCAGGUGUGGGACCACGUUUUGUGGGAUCCAUAGGUACCCGGAGAAGCACGGGUGUACGUUCGAUUUCAAGACAGUUGGAAGAGAAGAGAUCGCGAGGGCGAAUCCCGUGGUCAGAGCUGACAAGCUUGAGAAGAUUUAAUUUAAUAGGGACCGUCAGAUCGCAUGACUGGAUGAAUUGGAUAGUAAUCGCCUGUACGCGUCACUACGAUAAUAUUAUAUAUAUAUAUAUAUAUAUAUAUAUAUACACACCACCCUUUGAUUUUAUUGUAAAAUAAAAGUUUGAUGUGGGCCGUGCUUUGAUUUGGUUUGUAAAAAGAAAAAAAUGGAAAUGCGCAACGUUAGGUGUAGAUUCUA